UUAAUGUUAAUCAAAUAGAUAUUGAAAUUAAGAAAGAAAUGGCUGCCCGAUAUAAUUUGAAUGUACGGAAAUGGUUCGAGCAGUACAAAGACAUUGUCGACAAGGCGCUGCAUGACCAGUCGAGGCUAUGUGCAAAAGGAUUUGAUUUUUUGGAGCAGCGAACGAAUGUCGACAGGAACAACAUAUUUUUCGUUGUAUUCCCGUACGCAUUAUUUCUGAGGACGCAUGCACAUUUGGCCGCCUGCCUUGGCUCAAAGCACACGGAAUUGGAUGAUGCUGGCAAAUUUUUUGCGUUCAAGAAACUUUAAAAGCUGCUGUAGUGUAACCAAUGGCUACUUCUGAUUUCAUGCUGGGAGGCCUUGCAUCCGUCGGUGCCACCUUCUUUACAAAUCCAAUCGAGGUCAUCAAGACUCGGAUUCAGCUGCAAGGAGAACUAGCGGCCCGAGGAACUUACGUGGAGCCCUACAAAGGAGUUCUGAACGCUUUCAUCACAGUGGCUAAAAAUGAAGGCAUACUUGGCCUCCAAAAGGGCUUAGUGCCUGCUCUUAACUUUCAAUUCAUCAUCAAUUCCUUUAGGCUGAGCAUUUACACAAUGGCGGUGGACAGACAUUGGAUGCAUAACAAGAAUGGCGAAAUUUCAUAUGGCUUGGGACUGAUGUGGGGAGCAAUGGGCGGCGUUGUAGGCUCAUUUUGCUCCAGUCCAUUUUUUAUGAUCAAGACCCAGCUACAAUCGCAAGCAGCCAAAGAAAUUGCGGUUGGUUAUCAGCACUCUCACACCUCGAUGAGCCAUGCUUUUAAGCAAAUCUACAACGAAGGAGGCAUUUUCGGUCUUUGGCGGGGAUCAACGGCUGCUAUAGUACGUGCCGCCAUCGGGUCUUCUGCACAAAUUGCAACGUUUGGCAAGACCAAGGAGCUGCUUAAGGCACACGAUCUAGUCUCGCAUCCGACACUGAACUCCUUCUCAGCAGGUCUGAUUGCGGGAUCAGUUGUGACCUUAGCCAUUACGCCAGCGGACGUAAUUACAACACGUCUAUACAAUCAGGGCGUCGACAUCCAUGGGCGUGGUAUUUACUACAACGGCUGGCUGGACUGCAUUGUCAAAAUUUUACGCUCUGAAGGCUUUUAUGGUAUGUAUAAGGGCUUCUGGGCCAUUUACAUGCGUAGUGCACCGUACUCGACGCUGGUGUUGUUGUUUUUUGACGAAUUUUGCGCCUUGCGUGAAAAGUAUAAUCUUUGAACCUUGUUUGGUGCUGUAGUCUAGCCGUCGCCGUGUUUGUCAAAUGUUGAAAUACAAAUUUUGUUUCCUGAUUUGCUUUACUUUGUAGUAAGUAGUUUCACAUAUCAUUUUAAUUUCCUACUCCUAUGAGGCUAUUUACCAAACGAAAACAGUGGGUUGGUGCCGUUUACAAACAAAAUGUGUGCCUUCCAAUAGUAAGUUAUGUGCAAUAUUGUGAUCAAAUAAACACUGCGUUAUUUUGUUUUUAAAA